GCAGCGCCGGUUUCCGGGGAGCCUUUUCGCAGCCGGACCGACUGAGCGGAAGUUGUGUUUCCUGCCUGUGGAGGUCAAGCAGAGCUGGUGGAGAACCUGAGCUGCAGUCAUGGUGAAGAAGAGGCGACUCCGUCUCAUAGCAGAGAUGGCUCGGAAGAUCCGGGCCUACCGAGAGCUGAAGUCCAGACCCCGAGAGUCCCAGAAAUACGCCCUGGACUACGAGAGCAUGAAGCGGCCUCUGACGGGGAAGAUGCUGCCGGUGCUGGCCUGGCAGGACGUCCGCAGGGAGAGCCGCCUCUUCUCCCUGCUGGCCGGCAUGAGGCUGUUCGGAGUGGGCCGCAUGUUCACCCGCAAGUCCUGGCUGGAGGACCACACAGAGCCCAGCUACUGGGAGGUCACCAAGGUCAAGGUGGACUACACCUCUGAGAACAUGGAUCAUGGCAGAGCAUGGGGGAUCCUCACACUCAAAGGAAAACAGGAGAAGGACGUCAAGGAGAUGGACAAGGUAAUGUACCACGACUGGCGCGUGGUUCCCAAACACAUGGAAGAGCAGUUGAAGGACUUUGAGCCGCUCCCUGAGCCACCCGUGCGCUACGUCCCCUACCCCCCCCUGGUCCGCGCCAUGAUGCUGGCCGAGCACAAGAAGCGUACUGGCAGCGUACUGGCAGAGGAGCCGGUCUUGCCUUUAAAGAGGGACGUCCUGCUCAACAAAGACUAUUUCCGCAAGCAGGAGCAAGAGACGCAGAGGACGGAGGGGACACCGGUGUGAUACUUGGGGUUCUGAAGAUGAAAAUCUUGGACGUUUUGGAUCAAAUCAGUGUCGAUAGAAGUUGUUUCUUCUCAAUGUCCCGAUAAAUCCUGGACUAAAAACACCUCUCUGCUAUUUUCAUCUGAAGAAGGCCUCUCCGAGUGUGAUAUGUAUUUGUGCAAUGUGGUAAAUAUUAAAUUUAAGA